GUUACGAAAAAAAGGAGACCUUUUAAUGCAGCGCGUUAAGGAGUAAAGUCAAAAAGUCAAAUUUUGUGGGUCUCCCCCUUUCUUUUUUUGCAUGCACAGAAUUACGUAGGAGAAACUCUUUCCUAUUUCCCCGCCAGUUUACUUCUCACCUGUGAGCUCUCCACGACGGCGUAAAAACUCUGCCGAAAAUUGUCCGAAUGCGCAUUAACAAAUUUGUGGAGGCAUUCCUGGUAGUUCAUUUUUCUGGUACAGGAGGCAGGACAGGACAAAGUUACGUUUUCUUGCUCAAUUUAAAUGAAUAAAUUAAAAGAUAAGAAAAAGGGCCCCGCAAAUCCAGAGUAUCCUCCAAAGAAAGAGAAAAAGGAAGUGCACACAAAAAGAUACAGCAACAAUAGCAGCAUCAUCAACAGCAGCGGCUACAACAACAGCGGCAGCAAUAGCAACUGCAACAUCGGAAACUCGUUUGUGAGGGCGAGCGAAAAUGGAACUGCUGGAGAGGACAACAUAAUUAACAAAAUAAAGGAGCUGAAUUUAGUGUUGCUCCAAAAUAAGGAUGAAAUAGGUAGCCUCCGACAGGAGAACGAGGCCUUUUCCUCCCAGAUCGCCAACUUCGUGAAGAAGUGCAAAGAACUACAGUGCAUGUGCAGCGAGAGAGAAACGGACAUCGCGAAAUUAAAGCAAAAUGAAAAAUGCCUCGUGCAGGAAAUAAACAAACGGAAAAAGGAAAAGGGCCAACUGGAGGAUAAAAUGAAGAAGCUGGAGCAGGAAGGGACAAGCAAAAGUGAGCACAUCUCCCAAGUGGAAUGCGAAAGGGACAAUUUAACAAAAGAGCUACAAAAAAGAGACAAACAAAUAAAUUUUCUUCAUGAAAACAUAAAACAACUGGAGGGACAAAUCACACUUUUGCGGAAUGAAAAUGCAAAAAAUAAACAAGACGUUACGAAUAAUUUAAAAAAACAAAACGAAAUAAAUGAACAUAUAAAUUCGAAGGACAGCAAAAUUGCGGCACUGGAAGAGAAGACGCAAAAAUUGAACAAAGUCGUACGGGACAAAACGGAAGAAAACGAAAAUUGUAAAAAAAAAAUACAACAACAGAGUGCCAAAAUAGCUCACCUGAAUGAUAAAAUACAAAUGUUAGAGAAGGAUCAAAAAAUCGAUAAAGAAAAAAUUAAAAAAUAUAUUGAUAAUAUUAAAAGUUUAAAAAAAAAUAAUCAAAAGAUGGAUGAACGCAGUAGGGAAAGCCAAAUGGAGGAACAGCGGAAGGAGCUUGAGGACGUCAUAUUUAAUUCCCAAGUUUACAAAUUGAGCAAAAAAAUGGGCACACCAAAAAAAAGUGCCAAUUCUUCGAGCAUUAGCAAAAUGGCAAACAGUGUAAAAAACGCAAAAAACACAAAUGGGGGGGGGACUCACCCGUUGCUCUCCCCCAAUAAGCGCGGCGAUAAACACCCUCUUAACAGCGACAGCAGUGCAAGCAGUAGCUGCGGCGGGAGCAGCGAUGGAGAAAUCGUCAGCUUUUCCACAAAAUACAAUUUAAGUAAAAAUGUCAGCAAGGGGGCGGACACAACAGGGAAGAAAAAGAAAUGA